AUGAACAGUCGUCCACAUAAAAAGGAAACUUCUUUUGUUGUGUAAUUUUAUACUCAUUGAUUAGAAGCAUUUAAAAGUGAUUAUGUGCUUAGAAUGAAAUAUGAGUGGAGUGUAAUUUGUGCGCUAAGUACGUACGUAAUUGGAUGCGAUUCUGUAGGAAUUUAGAAAUAUCAAGAGCAUAGCUGUGCGGUAUAUAAUAGUUAUGUAACUUCGGAUAAAAUGGAUAAAGUGGAUAUAAUAGUUAUCGGUGCUACAGGUUUCACGGGGAAACAUGUUGUUCAACAGUUGGCAGCGUUUAAGAAACAUGACACAUAUAAAACAAUAACUUGGGGCAUAUCUGGCAGAUCGAAGGAGAAAGUGAAUAAUUUGUUGUCUGAGAUUGAAGAAUAUGAUGUUGACGUAACCAAAAUUCUUACAAUAAUAAGUGACGUCAAAGAUGACAGCAUUUGUAAUGUAACGAAUAGGGCUAGAAUUAUUAUAAAUUGUACGGGACCCAAUACUUUACUAAGCGAAUACAUAGUGAAAGCGUGUGUACACACUGGAACACAUUAUGUGGAUAUAUCGGCAGAAUUGUACCACAUGUUGAAUGUGUACAGAGCGUACCACAAACGGGCAGAAGAGGCGGGCGUGCUAAUAGUACCGAGUUGUGGUUUUGCAUCCAUACCAACUUCUACAGGGCUUAUACUGUUGGAUAGACAUUUUAAAGGAUCGUUGCAUACCGCCGAAUGUUACGUCGAAUUGCACAUACCUAGAGAAUGUUACUACGGCGGUAGGAAUAAAACACUUGUACAUUACGGUACUUGGGAGGCUUUUGUAUUUGAAAUGGCAAAUAUGAAGAAGUAUAAAGAUUUGAAGAAAAAAACAUUUCCUGAAGUGGCUAGUGAAUCUGUACCGAGGGAAAUAAAAAAAUCAUUUUUCCAUAAACACGAAAGAAGAUGGUGGUUCCCUUAUCCAGGGCCGGACUAUGAAGUUGACUCUAUGGCUCAGAUUUAUUUUCAAGAAAAAAGAGGAAAAAAACCAAUACAUUUCAGGGCUUACACUACAAUGCCAUUAUGCAUUCACUUUUUAAUUAUCCCUUUAGUUUUCAUCGCAUAUUUUCUAUGUAAACUGAAAUGUUUUAGAAACUUAAUGUGGAAGCAUCCUGGCUUCUUUUCGUUUGGUUUAAUGUCACACAAGGGGCCAUCGGAAAAACUGAAGAAUGAUCUGAAAUACACGUUCACACUGAUAGGAAAAGGAAACGAUCCAACUGCGAAAGAACACAUUGUAAAGAUAACAGGAUCUGAUCCGGCUUACAAGUCUACUGCGACGACCGCCCUCUUCUCUGCAGUGACAAUAUUAUUAGAGGGAUCUAAAAUACCAAAAGGUGGUGUGCUAAUGCCAGAGAGUGCUUUUUACGAAACAGAUAUAGUAGAGCGUUUAAAAAGCAAUGGAAUUAAUUACGAAAUUGUAGAUAAUCGAUCUAAUGGCAAUACGUAAUA